ACAGCUCUAUUGCUAUUCAUUUUUGAUCCUUUCAAUGUCGUCUCGUCUUGAGCAGGAACAUUGAAUGUUAACCGAUAGGAAUUAAGACUUUUUAUCAAAAAUACUGGAUUUAUUAAGAAGAUAAGCCUUUAUUUUCCCAUCCAGUACUAUAAGGCUCGUGCAAAAUGGACAGUCUGUACUUGACAGCUCUCCAGGACGACCACUUGUCGUUGCAACAAAUGAUGGACGACGAUUUAAAGAGAGAGAUGGACAUAGACGAAUGCUUCAGUUUUGGCGGGGAUUUGCCAUCCUUAGCACUGGAGGACUCUCUAGAUUGUAAGUGGGAGUUUGUGGAUAACGCAACAUCAGUGAGCAACUUGUUGAGUCGCCACACUCCGUUGCAUUCUCCGAGCUUUGACUCAAACCUUUGGUACACCCCUGGAGGCAGCAGCAACUCCAACUUUACACCUGUGUUGGACAAUGAUCCUGCAAAUAGGAUGGUCAAUCCAAACUCCGUGAUACCUCUCAACUCAUUGUCGCCGACACCGAUGGUGAUUGAGCCCAAAGUUGAGCCCGUUGAGGAUGUUCUCAACUCUGAACCUGUUAACAUGAAGGCUGAGACAGAUGCUGAGCCGAUUGUUCCACAGCAAAUAACCUUCACCACUGCGACGCAGUUGCCUGCCAGAGCAAAGAUCUCAAACAAGGGUAUCAGUCUUGUGUGUAGUAACACCAAUACUCCAUUCACCUUCGUGAAGACUAACACAUUUAACAUCUCCAACAACACACUUUCCAUCAAUGAAGGAAUGGCAACUAUUCGGUGCCCUCCAAGGCCAAACAAGUCCGUGCAGCCUAAUCCUGAUGAAAAAGUCUAUCCAAAGCCAGCUUAUUCCUACUCAUGCCUCAUUGCACUAGCGCUCAAAAACUCUGCCAGCGGCAGCUUGCCCGUGUCCGAAAUUUACAAUUUCAUGUGUGAACACUUCCCGUACUUCAAAACUGCUCCUAACGGCUGGAAGAAUUCUGUCCGCCACAACCUUAGUCUGAACAAGUGUUUUGAGAAAAUCGAGAAGCCGUCCGGCAACGGCAGCCAAAGGAAGGGGUGUUUAUGGGCCAUGAAUCCAUCCAAACUGUCUAAAAUGGACGAGGAGGUGCAGAAGUGGUCACGAAAAGACCCUCAGGCCAUUCGCAGAGCAAUGGUUAUUCCAGAAAAUUUGGAGAUGCUCGAACGUGGUGAGAUGAAGCGUGAUGUUCCUAGCGGCGAUGACACUGAGGAGGACGAAGACGAGGAACUGCCAUGCUCUAUCUCUCCUCCUAACGAGAGACAAUUCACUCCUCCUGCAGUGGAUGAAAAUGAGGACAAUGACCCCAUUGAAACCAGCAUCAAAACUGAAAAUGAGUUUGUAGACAUAAGCUAUUUGGAUGAGCUGGAUGAGAAUGACAUUCCCGAGUUUGACCUUGAUGUAAAUGACGGGUUGUACGAAGAAAUGGAAGAGGAGGAGGAGAAGCCCUGUAUAACCAAAGUUGAGGCUCCCAUCAUCACGAAUCAAACGACCAAAAUCCAGGGAAACUACAUUUACAAAACGACUCCCAUCACCAGGCCGAUAGCCACUGCUCCAAUCAGUAGCUACAUUUGUAAGCCGACCGCUAAUGGCACAGCUGUGCGCAUUAGGAAAGUGCAGCCGGCCAUCCUGCUAUCAAGCGUCAAACGCCAUUAGCCUUCCUUUGAAGCUGAACUUCUGAUUCGAUUUGGUUGUUAACAACUAUAGGGAAUAACCUUUUAUAACGUUAGUCAUAAGCCACAGGAGCCACUUUUCUAAACACUACUGCUGUAUUUUUUAAAUUCUUUCUGUAUAUAGUGGUAGCCGCGACAUCAUCUCUCUUUGUUUGGUAAAUUUUCUCCCAACUUAUGUACUUGUGCUCACAGUUUUUCACAAUUCAAAAUUAUCGUGAUUGAGUGAAGGAAAGUGCAGGUGGUAAAAUUCUCUGUCAGAUUUGUGGUUGUUGAUCGUAGAUACAAGGUUUUCAUUCUUUUGUAAAUUCACUAGAUCGUUCAGUACAAACACAGUCAGGGCAAACUUGCUAACACCACCGCAUUGAUGUACAUUUUUUUAACCAUAUAUACAUUACUAUUAUUGUUCGUUGGUUUAUUGGUGGAAUACUUGAUUGGAAUGGUUGUUGUGCAGUAAUGAUGGGCAUAUCUGACUUUUGAAUGCUGCCGAUUAGCACAACUUAAAGCGGCAGUAGCUAGUCGUGAUCAUUUCUCAAUAUUUUUUGUGCAACUCAGUCAUGCUGUCAUGAAGGAAACAACUUCCGAGGGCUGUUUGGACUUUUAAUAAGGCUGCUUAAAGUGCACAAUUUUUUCCAAUUGGCAAUCCCAUAGAAUUGUGAAAGGAAAAGGCUUUGAGAAACGCGGUGAGACUGGAUUUUUAUAAAGACGUUUGCAUACCCCCACCCCCCUCAAGUCCAAGCCCUCUUCUAUGCAUUUAUUUAAUACUUGUUCAUGAAAAUUGAGUCUCCCUGUACUUGGGUAGCAAUAACCCUUUUCAACCACACAAACACAUUUGUUGCAGCUUUCAUGAUGGUAUGCGCAGCAAAGUGUGCUAGCUAAAGUAAUCGGUAUAGAGAGUCAAAUGCUCUUGUAAAUAAAGUACAGGGCAGAAAAAAAUGUAGUUGUAAGCUUGAAUUAGAUACUCAGUCAUGUCCAGAGAUUGUCGGUAUACAUAAAUUAUUCCGAAUCACUUGUUUUAACAUUUUGAUUUUCUGCAGAAUUUAAAAACUUGCUACCAGAGAAAAUCUGUGCAAUUCACCUAUACCAGGGUCAAUAACAUGUGUAAAUAGAUUAAUUCCGCCGGAGUAGUGCAGGUGCCGACCCAUAUGUGAAAUUAUGAACUAUUUGUUGCAAAAAAGUUCCACUUGGAACAGCCCAAGUUUCUUUUAAUUUUUAGUUCCAUGCGCUUUUGUAUAAAAUGCAUAGUUUAGUAAUAGAAACUGUAAAUUUCUAAAUAAAAUAUUUUUAAAAUGUCAA